AUGGCGGACUCGAAGAAAGGCGGCGGCGGCGCCGGCGGGGGUGGCGGCGACAACAAUCUGGCCCAAUACAAAUAUGGAGCCAUGUCCAACCUGGUCCUGCAAGCCGACAAACGAUUCGUCAGUCGUCGCGGCGAUGAGACCACCGGUGACCCGGAAUCACUCGCUGGAAGGAUAAAUCUUGGCGAAAUGGGAUCACGAACAGCGCGCGAAAAGGCUCCAGUUUCUGCCGCGACACAGGAUCAGGCGCGGAAGAGAAAACGAACGGAGCCUGUACAGAGUUCGCGAGCGGCAGGAAUCCUCAGUCAGCAGGAUAUGAAUAUUGAGGGACUGCGAUAUCGACCACGAAUCGCCGCCACGAAAGAUGUCUAUGAUUUGAUCUCGACGAAUGUGGCGCAAAAAAUGGGAGGGGAUUAUGGGAUUGCCAUUACUGCCUCUGCGACCGACUCCGUGUUGGAAUAUCUCAAAGAUGACAGCWUGAAGGAUUUCGACAAGAAGAAGGAGAUUGAUGACAUUCUGGGAAUCACCACUUCGAGUAAGGAAUUCAACCAGUUGGUGAAUCUGGGGAAGAAGAUUACGGAUUAUGAUGCACAGGAUGAGGAUGAGGAAAUGGGCGAAGGUGCGCAAGAAGAGGCCGACAUGGACGAACAACAGGGCGUGGCUGUGGAGUUUGAGUCCGAGGACGAGGAUGAGGACGCUGGUCGCACAUUCGAGGUUCGAGAGGAGGAUGACGAGUCGGAGAAUGAUCUUGCCAUGGGGAACGAGGAGGAGGAGGCUGCCGAGGAUGGCGCUGGUCCACCUCCCGAUGCUGAUGGUGGCGAGGAAGAGGAAGAUGACGGCAUGGUAAUAGAGAAUCGGUCGCGAAGGAGUGGCAAGGCAGGCCAAGAUCCGGACAUUGUCCCCGCACAUGAGAUCGAUGCAUACUGGCUGCAACGGCAGAUUGGACAAAUCUACGAAGACGCUCACAUCCAGACUGAAAAGACUCGAGAUGCGGAGACGAUCAUGGCUGGAACGGAUGCUGAGGGCGAGGAAAAGGCCUUGAACGAGGUGGAGAACGACCUCAUGGAGCUAUUCGACUAUGAACACCACGAACUGGUCGGAAAGCUUUUYAAGAACCGGGACAAGAUUAUUUGGGUCACACGAUGGCGAAGGGUUGCAGAAGACGAUGCUGCUCGGGAGGCCGUCGAAAAGCAAAUGGUCAAUGCCGGGCACGCAAGUAUAUUAAAGGAGAUUCGUGGCCGAGAUGAUGCCCCUGCGAAGACAACCAAGCUGCAAGUCAAACUUGAUCCAAUGGAUCUGGACGCCAGACYCCCCGCCAAAGACGAAGAAGAUGUGAARAAGGAGGGUAUUGUGGGUGGUCUGCAACCGAGGAAGACACUAAACCUGGAGGACCUCAAGUUUGAACAGGGCAAUCACCUCAUGACCAACAACAAUGUGAAGCUUCCACAAGGAUCGACCAAGCGAACCUUCAAAGGAUACGAGGAAAUUCACGUUCCUGCGCCGAAGCGGAAGCCUAGUCCGAAUGAGCGGCCAUUGAUUCCUACCACAGACCUCCCUGCCUGGGCCAGAGCAGGAUUUGGAAGCUCAACAUCUCUUAACCGCAUUCAGACCGAGUGUUACCCAUCCGCUUUUGAGGAUGAUGGCAAUAUGCUCAUUUGCGCUCCUACUGGGUCUGGAAAGACGAACGUGGCAAUGUUGACGAUGCUGCGAGAGAUUGGCAAGCACCGCGAUCCCACGACAGGUCACAUCAACCUCGAAGCUUUUAAGAUCAUCUACAUUGCACCGCUGAAAGCCCUGGUCCAGGAACAGGUCGGCAACUUUGGCAAACGUCUUGAAGCUUACGGCAUCACCGUGUCUGAGCUUACUGGUGACAGACAACUCACCAAGCAGCAAAUCGCAGACACCAAUGUUAUUGUCACAACCCCUGAAAAGUGGGACGUCAUCACCCGAAAGGCCACAGACACAAGCUACACCAAUCUUGUGCGACUUAUCUGUAUCGAUGAGAUUCAUCUCUUGCACGAUGACAGAGGUCCGGUCUUGGAGAGUAUUGUGUCUCGAACCAUCCGCCGUACGGAGCAGACUGGCGAUCCAGUCCGCAUUGUUGGUCUUUCUGCUACUCUGCCCAAUUACCACGAUGUGGCGACCUUCCUGAGAGUUGACAAGAAGGAUCUAUUCCACUUUGACGGUACUUUCCGUCCUUGUCCUCUCAAGCAAGAAUUCAUCGGCGUCACAGACAAGAAGGCCAUUAAGCAGCUCAAGACGAUGAACGACGUCUGCUACACCAAAGUCCUCGAGCAGGUGGGUCAGAACAAGAAUCAAAUGCUCAUCUUCGUGCAUUCACGAAAAGAGACGGCCAAGACGGCCAAGUACAUUCGUGACAAGGCGAUGGAGCUGGAAACCAUUGGACAGAUUCUUCGAACCGAUGCCGCUAGUCGCGAGAUUCUUCGUGAGGAAGCUGAGAGUGUGCAGAAUGCGGAGCUGAAGGAUGUGCUUCCCUACGGAUUCGGUAUCCAUCACGCUGGUAUGAGCCGGGCUGAUCGAACUGCUGUGGAGGAUCUCUUUUCCGAUGGUGCUAUCCAAGUGCUGGUCUGCACCGCAACUCUUGCUUGGGGUGUCAACUUACCAGCACAUACUGUCAUCAUCAAGGGCACAUCCAUCUACUCUCCCGAAAAGGGUUCUUGGGUGGAGCUUAGCCCACAGGAUGUCCUCCAGAUGCUUGGUCGUGCUGGACGUCCGCAGUAUGAUACCUAUGGUGAAGGAAUCAUCAUCACGACACAGACCGAGAUUCAGUACUAUCUGUCAUUGAUGAAUCAGCAACUUCCGAUAGAGUCGCAGUUUGUCUCAAAACUGGCGGACAAUCUCAAUGCUGAAAUUGUCCUCGGCAAUAUCAGAUCUCGCGACGAAGGCGUCGAAUGGCUUGGAUACACAUAUCUCUUCGUUCGAAUGUUGCGAUCGYCGGCGUUGUAUCAAGUCGGUGCGGACUACGAAGAGGAUGAAACGCUCGAGCAGAGGAGAGUCGACCUCAUUCACUCCGCUGCUGUGGUAUUGGAGAAGGCUAGUCUGGCCAAGUACGACAAGAAGACUGGACGCCUGCAAUCUACGGAUCUCGGUCGGGUCGCCAGUCAUUACUACAUCACCCACAACAGCAUGUUGACCUACAACAUGCACAUCCAGCCUUCGGUCAGCCCCAUUGAGCUCUUCCGUGUGUUUGCGCUUAGCGACGAGUUCAAGUAUAUUCCCGUUCGACAAGACGAGAAGCUAGAACUCGCAAAGCUACUUGGUCGCGUUCCCAUCCCCGUAAAGGAGACGAUCGAUGAGCCGCAAUGCAAGAUCAACGUCCUCUUACAAGCAUACGUCAGCAGACUGAAGCUUGAGGGGUUGGCACUCAUGGCAGAUCUUGUAUAUGUCACUCAAUCCGCGGGACGAAUUCUGAGAGCCAUGUUUGAGAUUGCGUUGAAGAAAGGUUGGGCAUCCGUAGCAAAGGAUGCGUUGGCUCUUUGUAAGAUGGCCGAGAAGCGCAUGUGGCCGACCAUGACGCCUCUUCGUCAAUUCCCAGACUGCUCGCCCGACAUUAUCAAGAAGGCCGAGCGUAUGGAUGUUCCCUGGUCCAGCUACUUUGAUCUGGACCCACCUCGCAUGGGAGAAUUACUCGGCAUGCCCAAGCAGGGCCGCCAGGUCUGCAAUUUGAUUGCGAAAUUCCCCAGAAUGGAUAUUCAAGCGCAAUGUCAACCCAUCACCAGGAGUAUGCUUCGGGUCGAGCUGACACUGACUCCCAAGUUUGAGUGGGAUGAUGCAAUUCACGGCCGCGCUGAAGCAUGGUGGAUCUUGGUUGAGGACUGCGAUGGUGAGGACAUACUCUUCCACGACCAAUUCAUUCUCCGCAAGGACUACGCUCUGGCUGAGAUGAACGAGCACAUUGUGGAGUUUACCAUUCCCAUCACCGAGCCCAUGCCUCCCAACUACUUCAUCUCGGUUGUCAGCGACAGGUGGAUGCACGCGGAGAGCAAGCUUACCCUUUCCUUCCAGAAGCUGGUUCUGCCGGAGAGGUUCCCACCGCACWCACCCUUGCUGGAUAUGCAGCCUCUUCCGGUGCAGGCUCUGAAGCGGGCAGACUACGUUGAUCUGUUCCCUGACUGGUCGCAGUUCAACAAGAUUCAGACGCAGACUUUCAACGCUCUCUUUCAGUCAGAUGACAACGUCUUCGUUGGCGCUCCUACUGGCGCUGGGAAGACUGUCUGUGCUGAGUUCGCACUCCUGCGACACUUCACCAAGGCCAACGCUGGCAAGGCAGUGUACAUUGCACCCUUCCAGCAGCAGAUUGAUGCCAGACACAAGAUCUGGCAGGCGAGGCUGGGACCCUUGGCUGGUGGCAAAGAGAUUGUGAAGCUCACUGGCGAAACGACGGCUGAUCUGAAGCUCAUCGAGAGGGGUCACCUGAUCCUCGCAACUCCAGUACAGUGGGACAUGAUGUCAAGACAAUGGCAGCGGAGGAAGAACGUCCAAAACGUAAGCCUGAUCAUCGCCGAUGACCUUCACAUGCUCGGAGGACAGGCCGGCUACAUCUAUGAAGCCGUCAUGUCUCGCYCUCAAGCUAUCAAAGCUCAGCUUGAGAACGACUUGCGGACAGUUGGUCUCAGCGUCUCCCUCACCAAUGCGAGAGAUGUCGGCGAGUGGAUCGGCUGCAGCAAGCACACCAUCUUCAACUUCAGCCCCAACAGCAGACCCAUAUCGUUGAACUUGCACUUGCAGACAUUCAACAUCCCGCAUUUCCCCUCGCUCAUGCUGGCGAUGACCAAGCCCACGUACCAAGCCGUCUUGCAGUACGCCCCAGAAAAGCCAGCAAUGAUCUUUGUGCCCAGUCGAAAGCAAGUCCGGAAUACUGCACAGGAUUUGCUUGCGGCGUGCGUUGCUGAUGAUGACGAGGAUCGAUUUCUGCACACCGACGCAGAGCAACUGGCACCCAUCCUCGCACGCGUCAAGGAGAAGUCUCUGGCGGAAUCCCUCGCGCAUGGUAUCGCCUACUACCAUGAAGCUCUGAGUGAUUCGGACAAGCGCAUCGUGGAGACACUGUUCACACAAGGCGCAGCACAAGUCAUGCUCGUCUCGCGAGACUGUUGCUGGGAAGUGCAGAGUGUUGCACAUCUUGUCAUCGUCAUGGGCACGCAAUUCUUCGAGGGUCGGGAACAUCGCUACAUUGACUACCCCAUCAGUGAUGUUCUGCAGAUGUUUGGAAAAGCCGGACGCCCGCUCACGGAUCGCGAUUGUCGAGGUGUGCUCAUGUGUCCGGAUGUCAAGCGCAGCUACUACAAGAAAUUCUUGGGCGAGGCAUUGCCAAUUGAGAGUCAACUGCAAUCAUACAUGCAUGAUGCCUUUGUCACGGAGAUCAGUACCAAGACGAUUGAGUCAACGCAGGAUGCCGUGGAUUGGACAACGUAUACUUUCUUGUACAGGAGGUYGCUGGCCAACCCCAGCUUCUACGGCAUGCUGGACACUUCACAUGAUGGCCUGAGCGCGUACCUCUCCGAGCAAGUCGAAGGCACGCUGAAGGACCUCUCUGACGCGAAGAUCAUUGAGCUUGAUGAGGAUGAAGACACUGUCGCGCCUCUGAACGCAGCCAUGAUCGCGGCAUACUACAACAUCUCCUUCAUCACCAUGCAGACAUUACUCCUCUCCCUCAAACGCGGCACAAAAUUGAAGGGUAUCCUCGAGAUUGUUACGGCCGCCACGGAAUUUGAAGACAUUCAGAUCCGCCGGCAUGAAGAGCACAUUUUGGAACGCAUCUAUGAUCGCGUACCCGUCAAGCUCUCCGAACCAAACUUUGAAUCACCGCAUUUCAAGGCCUUUAUCCUCUUGCAAGCACACUUCUCUCGCAUGCAACUUCCUACAGAUCUUGCGAAGGACCAAGAACUCAUCCUCGGCAAAGUAUUGAAUCUCCUAUCCGCUUGCGUGGAUGUCCUAUCUUCAGAAGGACACCUCAACGCCAUGAACGCCAUGGAAAUCAGCCAGAUGGUCGUCCAAGCCAUGUGGGAUCGUGAUUCUCCUCUCAAACAACUCCCUCACGCCACAGAUGAGGUUGUGGAGACAUGCGCCAAAUUCGGGAUCAAAGACGUUCUCGAAUUCCAAGACGCCAUGGAUCCCGAUGAGAAUCCCGACCAUAAGAAAUUGAUGGAUGGUCUCGGAUGGAAUCCCAAACAAUUGGGAGAUGUAGCGACAUUUAUCAACUCUCGCUACCCGAACGUCGAAUUGGAGUUCGAGGUUGAGGAUCAAGAGAACAUCACAGCUGGAUCGCCUGCUUACAUUAAUGUGAGCAUCACGCGACAAUUGGAAGAGGACGAGGAGGCGGAUUUGAGGGUUCAAGCACCUUUCUACCCCGGGGUCAAGAUGGAGAAUUGGUGGUUGGUGAUUGGGGAGGAGAAGGGCAGGAAUUUGUUGGCGAUCAAGAGGGUUACGCUUCUGAGGGAGCUUAAGACCAAAUUGGAAUUUGUGGUCGAGGAACAAGGAAAGAAGGAGUUGACGGUUUUCUUGAUGAGUGAUUGUUAUGUCGGGGUUGAUCAGGCGCCGAGCUUCGUGGUUGACGUUGGGGAAGGGGUGGAGGAGAGUGACGAGGAGGGUGGAGAUGGGGAUGGAGAUGCUGAGAUGGAAGGGUAG